GGAGCACCCUCCGGGACCCCGCCUCCCGCUCUCCGUCCUUCCGUCGCUCCCUCGGCCAGGCCGCGCAGCAUCAUGCCCGCCGUGGACAAGCUCCUGCUGGAGGAGGCGUUGCAGGACAGCCCGCAGACUCGUUCCUUACUGAGCGUUUUCGAGGAAGAUGCCAGCACCCUCACGGACUACACCAACCAGCUGCUCCAGGCCAUGCAGCGUGUCUACGGAGCCCAGAAUGAGAUGUGCCUGGCCACUCAACAGCUUUCUAAACAACUGCUGGCAUAUGAAAAACAGAAUUUUGCCCUUGGCAAAGGAGAUGAAGAAGUGAUUUCUACGCUCCACUAUUUUUCCAAAGUGGUGGAUGAGCUCAACGUCCUCCACACAGAGCUGGCUCAGCAGCUGGCAGACACGAUGGUUCUCCACAUGAUUCAGUUUCGAGAAAAGGAUCUCACAGAAGUAAGCACUUUGAAGGAUCUCUUUGGACUGGCCAGCAGUGAGCAUGACCUCUCAAUGGCCAAAUACAGCAGGCUGCCCAAGAGAAGGGAGAAUGGAAAGGUGAAGUCGGAAGUGGUGAAAGAGGUGGCGGCGGCACGGCGGAAGCAGCACCUCUCCUCCCUGCAGUACUACUGCGCCCUCAACGCACUGCAGUACCGAAAGCGGGUGGCCAUGAUGGAGCCCAUGAUGGGCUUUGCCCACGGACAGAUUAAUUUCUUUAAGAAGGGAGCAGAGAUGUUUUCCAGAAAUAUGGAUGGCUUAUUAUCCUCCACUGCAGACAUGGUGCAAAGCAUCCAGGUAGAGCUGGAAGCCGAAGCCGAAAAGAUGCGGGUGUCCCAGCAAGAGCUGCUCUCUGUGGAUGAGUCCGCCUACACCCCAGACUCUGACGUCGCCGCGCCACAGAUCAACCGGAACCUCAUCCAGAAGGCUGGCUACCUGAACCUCAGAAAUAAAACAGGGCUGGUCACCACCACCUGGGAGCGACUGUACUUCUUCACCCAAGGCGGGAACCUCAUGUGUCAGCCCAGGGGCGCCGUGGCGGGGGGCUUGAUCCAGGACCUGGACAACUGCUCAGUGAUGGCAGUGGACUGCGAGGACCGGCGAUACUGCUUCCAGAUCACCACCCCUAACGGAAAAUCGGGAAUCACGCUCCAGGCAGAGAGCAGAAAGGAGAACGAGGAGUGGAUCUGCGCCAUAAACAACAUCUCCAGACAGAUCUACCUGACGGAUAACCCGGAGGCCGUGGCCCUCAAGUUGAACCAGACGGCGCUGGAAGCCGUGACGCCCGUCACAAGCUUCGGGAAAAAAGCAGGAAGCACGUCCCCCAGUCAGAGCGUGAGACACUCGGAAACAGAAAAUGACAAGAUCUCGCCCAAAGCCGCGGCUGGUGCUCCUGAAGCGGAACAGCUGAUUGCCCCAGGAACCCCGAUCCAGUUUGACAUUGUGCUUCCCGCCACAGAGUUCCUGGAUCAGAACAGAGGCAGCAGGCGGAUCAACCCAUUCGGUGAAACUGAGGAGGAAGCAUUUCCAGAAGCUGAAGAUUCUCUGCUGCAGCAGAUGUUCAUUGUGCGGUUUUUGGGGUCCAUGGCCGUGAGGACAGACAGCACCACGGAAGUGAUCUACGAAGCCAUGAGACAAGUCCUGGCAGCCCGGGCCAUCCACAACAUCUUCCGCACGACCGAAUCCCACCUGAUGGUAACCAGCCAGACCCUGAGGCUGAUCGAUCCUCAGACUCAAGUUACAAGGGCCAACNUUGAACUGGCCAGUGUCACCCAGUUUGCUGCUCAUCAAGAAAACAGGAGGCUGGUUGGCUUCGUCACCCGCAUGCCGGAGUCCACGGGAGAAGAGUCCCUGAGCGCGUACGUCUUUGAGAGCAACUCGGAAGGCGAAAAGAUAUGUUACGCUAUUAAUUUGGGAAAAGAAAUUAUUGAGGUUCAGAAGGAUCCAGAAGCAUUGGCUCAACUAAUGCUGUCCAUCCCACUAACCAAUGACGGGAAGUUUAUCCUAUUAAGUGACCAAGCAGAUGACCAUAACGGGAGUCCGCGUGGAAAGAGCGGCGCCGAGUCUGAAGCAUAAACCCGCGCGCACCUUUGGGGGAAGAGCCCACGGGAAGGAUGGAAGGGGAGCUCCUCCCCUAAGGGUUGUCCACUUCUCUGACACGCAGGCCCACUAACUGGUUUCAGAACGCCGCAGUCGCCCGGGGAGCAGACUCCCGGCCUUGACCCUGAGACGUGGGAGGGAAAGCGGAGGCGUGCUUGACGGCACAUCUCCGCCCAUCCGCAAAUGUUGUCUUAGGUGCUCGGGGUAAGUCAUCUUCUACGUCGUCCGUCGUCUCCGGCACUCGCGUUUUUAAAGCAAAACACAACAAUGAUGACGGAAAAAAAAACAACCCCGCAUUAUUCACUUCAUUCGAAUGUCAUUUCUUUUCAGUCUCCUUUUCUAAAAAGUGACAAAAGCCUCGAUUUGCGAUUUGAUAAACACUAAAUAUUUCCUAUUAAUAUCUAUUUUUGUAUUCUACCUAAUGAGCUUUAAGUGCCUGCCGUUCUGAAGGUCCUGUAUUUAUAAACCAGCUCUGCUCGUAAUUGGACCUGUUAGCCUCUGGGUGUGCUGGUUUGGGGGGGCGGGGCAGUGGCUCACUCUGAGGCCCAAAUGCGGACAGAACUCCAGGGCUGGUGGCCUUGGUCAGACGUCAUGCAAUAAAUAGGCCGCGAUGAGCCUGCUGCAAGAAUCUUCCUUUGAUGGUAGUAGACCAGCACUCAGAAGGUGAAGGUCCAGCAAGCUCCGAAUGCCCUGCUGUUGGUGGGGCCCCUGUGGGCUGGGCGCAGCUCUCCCAAUUCCCAUCCCCUCUGAGCCAGAGCCAACCUUCCCAAAGGGGACCCAUUUCAACCCUCACUGAAGCCCAGCUAGUCCCACAUGCUCCCACCUGGUUCUUUGCCGCCGCCCCAGGCGGAGUUGGGCCCUGCCACCCUCCCACCUGUGAACCAAGCAACGACGGAUAAAGAUUCUGGAUUGGUCCAUGUGUUUAAUUGUAACCACGUUCAGCAGAAUCUCCUUAUCUUUGUAAUCGAUUAGCCUAGCAGUACGUGCUCGCGAAUAAAAACGACAAGUCUG